AUGGCUGACCAACGCUUGGCUAUUCUCGACCAAGCUAUUGCUCAAGCUCAGCAAUUUGCUGGAUCCAUUUUGGGUUUAGUUCAACAACAGCUCUUGGCAUUAGCUCAACAAGCCACACAACAAUUACAAAACUUGGUUAGUGGUUUAGGAAACGGACGCGCCUUUGAUUUCAGCUCAAUCUUGACUCUUGUUCAACCAAUGAUCCAACAAUUCAUCAGUCAAAUCACCGGAUCAUUGGGCUCGAUCUUCAAUCUCUCAAGUAUCCUCGGUGGACGUGCAGGAUUGAACCUUGGACAAAUCUUCGGCGAUUUCUGGAAUACAAUUGGACCAGCAAUCACUGGUUUAGGACAACACUUCUUAGAUCAAGGUUUAUCAGCAGUUUUGGGAGCAAUCGGUGGCCGUGGAUUCUCAGAUAUCUGGACAGGUAGGCUGACAAAUAUCAGCAUCACAAAU